AUGAAGACUACAUUGAUCACCCUCGUCGCCCUCUUCUCAAUUUCGGCACAGGCUUUUGCCCCUAGUAGUAGUACUGCUACCAAAACCUCAGUACUCUACGCUGACACACAAGAAGCCACUAAGGAAGCAACGGUAUCUCGACCCAAAGUCCAACAACUGGGACUUUUGACCUUUGAUUUGGAUGACACUUUGUAUCCUAUUGCCCCAUGUGUGGAGGCUGCCAACAAUGCCUUUGUCAAAGCCAUGGAGAAAUUUGGAUUCCCAGGGCUCUCUGCCUUUGACAUCGUCGAGACUGGAAAGCAAGUGCGAGAAGAAAUUGCCAAAACAGACCCUCAAAAGGCUGCUGCAUUGACCCACACUGAAAUCCGAGAACUUGCCAUUCGCAGGGAGAUGCAAAAGAUCAUCCUGGAGCGCAAGUUGAAAUCGACCGCCGAAGAUUGGGCCACUCAAGUGUCUUCCUUAUCUUCAGUUGUUCGUAAGCAUGCUGAAAACUGGGCAAAUACUGCUGUAUCCGAGUCAGUCGUCCAAUCGGUCUACACUGCCUGGGAAAUGGAGCGUCACCAUGCUGCCGAACGAUACAUCUUUCCCCAUGUGAUUGAAUCGUUGAAGAAGAUCAAGGAAGACCACCCCAAUGUGGUCAUUGGUGCCAUUACAGAUGGUCGUGCCAAUCCUCUAUUGAUGACUUUUACACUCGCUCCGUAUUUCGACUUUUGCAUGUCCUGGGAAGAUGAUCAAGGUGGACGACAACAAUUUUUCAAAGAACUCGAUUCAGUAGAUGGAAAAGGAGAGGAACUGAGUUGGAUUUACGAUGCGGCUCGACACAAGUAUGCCAACUUGAAGCACGCACAAGAUUCGAUCAACUCGGCCCAAAAGAAUGAAAAAAUCAAACCACUGACAUGGCCUGCUACCUAUGACGAUUUGGCUUGGAUUCAUGUGGGAGAUGACUUGGCCUUCGAUGUCGGUGGUAGUUCUGCCUGUGGUGCCAAGACGGUACUGGUGACACUUCCAAAGAGUUCGGGACAAGAAGCCCCUUACCGAUUUGAUACUUCAGUGAAGCAACCUAAAUGGUCGACUACAACCGCCAAGGAAUUGGAGACCCGUAUUCGAAUGAACGAGUUGGCACGUCCCCAAGUCAAUGUUGAAAUCAAUACCUUGGAACGAUUGCCCAUUGCGAUUGAUGAAAUUCUUCGUGGGGAGGCAUAA